AUGGGUGUCUCGAAAGUGCGGAACUUACAGAAGCUCUUGUGCUUGGAUUCAAAAACACUUCUGAGCUCGGAAGCAUUUAAACGUGCAAGAAUCCCUGGGGCACAGUACUAUGAUGGCAAGAAGCUGAGCAUCCCAGUAUCGACGGAGGCCGGGAUACAGCUGUACGAGCGCUGGGUACAUCAGGGUAUCAGCGGCAUCAUGUCGGCUGUCGCCAAACAGCGAGCCGCAAAACUGAAUGAAUAUGAACGCAGUCGUCUGUACCAGUGCUCCAAGGUAGCUGAGAAUAUCUAUCAGCAAGCUCAAUGUGUUAGCCGAGUGAUCGACGCCAAUUCGCGACCGGUGCUCACCGAAAAACGCAGGUGGCCUCAUAAAUUCAACAAAUUGCUGAUUGACCGAUGUAAGGAGACUAUUGGAGUGUCGCUCCACGCCGGUCACCUAUCAUUCCGUACGCGGCGUAGUGUAGUCAGCCGGAAAAACGUGCAGCUGUAUGCUGAGUACGAACACAUUACACCACUCGGCAUCGUUGGCAAAUAUCUGUCAAAAACAGUAAAAAUAAUGAAAAACAAGGAUCCUCGCAGCACGUCAGUAUCAUGUUGUUAUCACUGGACUUAA